AUGGCAAAUACGAAUCACACUAGUAUUUGUGGCUCUUUCGAAAUAUCAUGUUCUACACUUUUACCAUGUGAUUCUUCAAGCAAUAUAUGUAAUGAACCUAAUCAUAUUUGUGUUCAUCAUCCUCGAUGUAAAAAUCAUCCUGUUUGUUAUCCAAUGUCGAUGAUUGAUCGACAAUUAUGUCCACCGUUAACAAAAUGGAUCAAUACUGGUAAUAUAACUGAUGCACGAUAUAUGCACAAAGCAUCUAUAUUACCAGAUGGAAAAGUAUUAAUUGUGGGUGGAAUUAAUAGUCAUCCUCUUGCUUUGAAAACUGCUGAAAUAUAUGAUCCAUCAACAGGAAUUUGGAGCGGUACUCAAAACAUGACUUAUGCACGGUUUGGUCAUACAUCAUCGAUAUUGACAAAUGGAAAGGUAUUGGUUACUGGUGGAAAUGGUAAUGGUUAUUAUCAAAAUACUACUGAGUGGUAUGAUCCAUUGACAAGAACUUGGAAAACUACUGGUAGUAUGAGUUAUACACGUUUUGGCCAUACAGCAAGCAUCUUACCAAAUGGUAAAGUACUAGUUACUGGUGGAGAUUCUCAUGGUCAUUAUUUAAAUAGUGCUGAAUUAUAUGAUCCAUUAACAGAAACUUGGACAACUACUGGCAAUAUGAAAUACCCACGCUAUCAACAUACAGCAUCCGUAUUAGUCAAUGGAAAAGUACUUGUUACUGGUGGAUGUGCGAAUGAUUAUUUAAAUAGUACUGAAUUGUAUGAUCCAUCGACAGGAGCAUGGACAGUUGCUGCUGUCAUGAAUAACGCUCUUUGUAGUCACACAGCAUCUGUACUGGCAAAUGGAAAAGUAUUAAUUACUGGUGGAAGUAGUUCUAGAGCUGUUGCUCUGAAUAGUUCUGCAUUGUAUGAUCCAUCGACAGGAAAUUGGACAUCUACCGUCAACAUGAAUAAUGGACGACAUUUUCAUACAGCAUCUGUCUUACCAAAUGGGGAUGUGUUAAUUACUGGUGGUUAUAACGGUACUAAUUCUUUAAAUACUGCUGAAUUGUACAAUCCAUCAACAGGAACUUGGACAAUUAUGGAUGUUAUGAAUAGUGCACGGAGCAUUCAUACAGCUUCCGUAUUAAAAAAUGGAAAAAUAUUAAUCACUGGUGGAACUGAUAAUAGUGCUUUAAACAGUGCAGAACUGUAUUAA